AUGGAGGAGGAGGCGGCUGUGCUUUCUCCCCGGGCUAAUGCCACCGAGUGCAACAUCGGGAGUAACUGGACGGGCUCUCCAGUGUGUUGGCUGCAAGUGUCUGGGGGUGGCCCCGAGAUAGUGAUUGUGCCUGUGCUCUUUGGGCUGAUUUUCCUGCUGGGCACGGUGGGGAACACACUGGUGUUAGUGGUGCUGGGGCGAAUCCGAUCUGGGGGGCGCCCUUCCCGCAGCGCAACUAACAUAUUCAUCCUCAACCUGAGCGUUGCAGACUUCUCCUUCCUGCUCUUCUGCGUCCCCUUCCAAGCCACCAUCUACUCCCUGCCUGAAUGGGUCUUCGGUGCCUUCUUCUGCAAGUGGGUUCACUACCUGGCCAUGGCCACCAUGCUGGUCAGCAUCUUCACCCUGGUGGCCAUGUCUGUGGACAGAUACAUUGCUGUGGUGCAUGCCAAGCGGUCACCCUGUAUCCGUAGUAAGCGCAACGCCUCCCUGGGUGUGGGCAUCAUCUGGCUGCUGUCGCUGCUCAUUGCCAUCCCUGUGGCCCAGCACCAGGCCCUCAUGAGCGGCCACCAGCAGGCACCCAACAGCUCCUUCUGCUGGGAACAGUGGGCUGAUGAUUCAGCUGCCAAGCAAAGCUACAAGGUGACCAUCCUGAUGGUGGGGUACCUGCUCCCCCUGGUGCUCAUUACCUGCUGCUAUGCCAAGGUUUUAUAUCAUCUUCAUAAGAAAGUGAAGAACAUUUCCAAGAAGUCAGAGAGAUCAAAGAAAAAGACAGCGCAGACAGUGCUACUCGUGGUUGCUGUGUUCUUGAUAUCCUGGCUCCCACACCACAUCAUUACCAUGUGGGCAGAGUUUGGUCAGUUUCCUCUAAACAACAUCUCCUUCACUUUUCGCAUAAUCUCUCAUUGCUUAGCCUAUGGGAACUCUUGCAUUAACCCCAUCAUCUAUGCUUUCCUCUCGGAGAACUUCCGCAAGGCCUGCCGGCAAGUCUUCACCUGCAAGAUCUUUCUACUACUCACUCAACAACUAACGUGUGACCUGGACAUAAAAAAUGAGAAUGCAUUACAGUAA